GUUCUAUAUACAGUCCCCUUAAGGGGAUUGUAUUGCAGUCCUAGUACAUAAAAUGACUAAAUCAUCCCCAACUUAAAAUGUUAAUUGACUAAAAUACCCUUCCUUCAACCUAAAUACGAAGCAAAGCCCUGGGUCUUUUCCCCUUGAAUCCGGUUGACUCUUUUCCCUCUACCGUGCUGCUGCUGCCCCCGAUUUGAACGGCCCUCUCCUCCACCAUUGACGACCACCCUCCACCCACCAUCGACAGACUGACCUCCACCAUCGACCAUCGGCUGCUGACGAAGUUAACGGUAAUUUUUCCUACCGAAGAGGACUUGCAGGAUUUAUUUCGGACUCGUCUGGUUUUCAUUUCUUGUAGAUGUUGUCCAUUCAUCAGCCAUUUCUUAGGCGCACUUUCCAAGCGGAACCCAAAACAGGUUCGGUUUUUCUGAUUUCCAGUUUCUUUUUAGUUUCUCCACCCAUUUAUUUUCUCCUUGUAAUUGAAGUACUAGCUGGAACAUGGACAGAUAUUCAAGUUCUCAAGUUUGGAAUUGGGAGCAGUUAUCUUCGAUGACUUUGCUCACUAUAAACUGUUGGAGAGGCACAACAAAGCACGUCUCUACAACCCUCUUAUCUUGUCGAAGUUCUACCUUCAAUGGUGGGGAGCUCCUUCAUCUUUAUGGUGUGCAAAAGGUUCUACCUGCUAAAUUGUUCAACGGUUUUAGACUAAACACAAGGGCUUUUGCUAGUCGGAAUUCGGUGAGGAAAUCGAGAAGAGAUGUACAACCACCAAAAAGUGAAGCAGAUAACACUCCCACAAGUGUUCAAGUUGACAGCAUGGUUUCCUCUUCCGAAAAUUCAGCUGCACAGAGUUCUUCAAUAAUUCCUUCCAGAAGUACUGUGCUUCAGGCAUGCACUGUCACUUCCGGAUUAAUAGCAGCUCUGGGUAUUAUAAUUCGUCAGCUCUGAGUAUAGUUUCGGAAUACGUUACAGCACCGAUUGGAAGCUGCGAUGGAGAUGGGGAGCCGUGACGGUGCCGAAGCUGCUGGGUAUCGGACUGGGUCUGCUGGGUUUUGGGUCAAUAGCUUCUGCCGAUGAUUUGGCUUAGGGGGGACUUGGGUAUCUGGGGGUGAAAGACUUGGGUAUUCCUUCGUAUGUUGCUUCGGACUCGUUUCGCAACCUUUGCUUUCAAACCAUCGGAUGUCUUUUGCACUUGGUCUCCUCCCGUGUAAAUGAAAUGAAACGCAGUGUUUCAUUAAAAUGAAACGACUCGUUUCAUUAUGACUAUAUUGCAGUCCACUUAAUCGGCCUGCA